AUGGCUGUCUUUCUGAGAAAUGCUGUUUUAUCGACACUAUUGUUUGGCUUGCUUGCUAGUCCGAUGAAAAUGCCUAUGCCUACGGAUGAGAUUUAUCCCAUGAUUACAGCGCAAGCUACUCUACAUGAUCUCAAUCGAGCCUUAAAGCGCGAUUCUCAAACAUGCAAUAACGAUAUUUGCAAUUCGCCUGCUAUUUGUGUUGGUCCCACUAGCAAUUACGCGACGUGCUGCUAUCCGGGAGAAUCUUGCAAUGUGGCAACUACCUGCUAUCCAUAUACAGAGAACCAGACCUACUUAGAAUCAAUUGGUGCAUCUUAUUGUACUGACGCCGCCUGGCCAUACUGUAACACAUAUAUUUUUGAUGCAUAUGAUGCACUUCAGGUGAUAUAUUGUAACGAAGUAACGACGCCUGGCGACAUCAUAAUCCUGACUGAUACAUACUAUUGGGGGGGUUCAUUCUCAAACCCCGGAUCGCCUACGACCACGCACGCCACAUUGGCUAUUGCCACAUCAUCCUCCGUGGUAGCAACCACCCAUCAUACCCUUCCUACAGGCGUUGCCAUUGGAAUAGCAGUAGGCGCGACACUACUCGUUGUAUCACUACUCACAAUCUUUCUUCUCUGGCGACGGCGCUCAUCUUCUUCAACCACCAAUAUACGACAGCCAUCAUUAAACUCAAAUCCAGAAAUCCAAGUAGCAUCCUACGCCUCUCCAAACCCAGACUCAAACCCGUAUGCAAGCUGGAUUUCAACAGCUAGAGGCAGCGAGAAAUCUCCAUCAUAUGCUUUCGAAGCAAGACGUAUGGGUAACAAGCCAGAGUGCCAGGUCAAUGGAGUAGUUGAUGAUAUCAGCGAACGACCGGCUUGUGCACCACCGGUGGCCGAGAUGGUAUCGCCAGUAGAGCCAGUUGUUAUCAGUGAGCUUGGGGGCGAGAGUCGGAGGGAGGCGGAGAUGUCAGGGAAUAAACUAUUGAUGUUAUCUGCGCGAGGCGUAGAUCGAAGACAAAGAGAUGCCGGGGUACUAUGA